ACUCUCUCUCCUCUCAGCGAUAUGGAAGACAAACAAAGACAACCAUAGACAAAUCUCACUCAAUCAACUCACACACUGAAGACUGAAAUGGAAGAUCCAUCGAAUCCGAGCUCACAGCAAACAAAUCCAACGGCGUCGCUCAGGCCGACUCACCACCGGCGAGCUCACUCGGAGGUGAACUUCAGGCUACCGGAGGACCUAGAUCUGGUGUCGGACCCCUUCGAUGCGCCUUCGGAGAGUUUCGAAGAGAUGGGAUCUGAGGACGAUCUCUUCUCCACUUUCAUGGACAUCGAGAAGCUUGGAUCCAGCCUGAACGACGGCGUUUCGGACAAUGCUGCCGGUGGAGGUGGCGGUAAUUGUGGCGGAGUAGGGGCGGAGGGUGGUGAGGGCGAGAGAAAUGUGAUGAGGCCUCGGCAUCGCCACAGUAAUUCUGUUGAUAGUUCGAAUCUGUUCGGUGAGAGUAUUGAGGCUAAGAAGGCUAUGGCUCCUGAGAAGCUGGCUGAGUUGUGGUCUAUAGAUCCAAAGCGAGCCAAGAGGAUUUUGGCAAAUCGACAGUCUGCUGCUCGUUCAAAAGAGAGGAAGGCGCGUUAUAUGUCAGAACUUGAGAGAAAAGUUCAGACCCUUCAAACAGAGGCAACCACUCUUUCCGCACAACUCACGCUAUUCCAGAGAGAUAUAACGGGUCAGAGUACUGAAAAUACAGAGCUUAAACUUCGGUUACAAGCUAUGGAACAACAAGCUCAGUUACGCGACGCCCUAAAUGAAGCACUGAAGCAGGAAGUAGAAAGGCUCAGAAUUGCCACUGGAGAAAUAGCAUCCUCUUCAGAUACCUACAAUUUGGGAAUGCAUCAUUUUCCAUAUAACCAAUCCGCAGUCUUUUCACAUCAGCCACAACCGGGAUCGAGUGAUCGUCAGAACGUGCAGAUGCCACAGUUUCAUCCCCUCCAGUCUAGGAUGUCAAGUCACCAUCAUCACAUGCUUGGAGCUGCCCACACACAGGCUUUUUCAGAUACAUUGCAGCCCGAUCCCCUUGGUCGUUUUCAAGGGCUUGAUAUCAGCAACAGAGGCUCUCAUCUCGUGAAGUCUGAAGGCCCUUCUAUUUCUGCCAGUGAAAGCAGCAGCACAUUCUGAUUCGAAUUUUGCUGGUUUGCGCCUUGGCCCUACUAUAUUUGCUGAAUUGUUUAUAGACUGACAUCUUUCUUAGCAUCAAAAAUACCAUUUCUUAAAAAUUUAUUUAUUGAUUUCGCAGCGGGUCUUAGGUUUUCAGUAGUUUUAACAGUUCUUGCAAUGUUCAUUGUUGUUGUUGUGGUCGUCUUUUUUUUUUUUUUUCCUAUUGUAUUCGAUUCUGAAAUCAUUUCUCACGAUUUUUUUUUUCAGUAGUUGAACUGAUAUUCCAAUUAUUUUUCCUUUUUACCUUCACUGACUGAGAAGUGUAAAAU